CAGGAGAUCUUUUGCAUUCUUUCAAAAACUUCGCACAGGUACAGGUAAACAUUUUCGCACAGGUGUUAUACAAAAGGGUUUCUCCUCGAUUCUUCACGGUUGACUGCACAUUGAGCCGUUGGAAAAUGCGCAUGCACAAAACGAAAUAAGGCAGGUCCACGGUGGGAAGUGUGGGUGUUCUGUAAAUGGGCAGACAGCCACGGCCGCAUAACUUUGGGGCCAACAGUAUAGCACAUGUGCAUGCACCCAGGCAACAAUAUUGCCGUUUGUCGUGGUCGACCUUCUCGGUGUGCACACAGGUAUAUCAAGCUACGGGAGCAUGCUCCGAUACUGCUAGUGAGCUUAAAAUAGCAGAUCGCAACUCAGAUGGUGCCAUUUUGCAUUGUCAUCAGGAAACAGAAUGGCUACAUGUGUAAGCUUUUGUCCGUCUACUUGUUGGGUGGUUUUUGUUUCUGCUUUAUUUUUACCGACUGUUACUUGGUUUCGCUGUCUGUCAGGCUGUUCUAUUUUUUUUUAGACUGUGCAAUAUUGCAGUCUUCCCUCAAUGUAUGAGAACAUGAAAGAACACCAUUUGUCUGUAUAGGCCUAACCUUUUCUCUGUUAGCAGUUUUCCUCGACCUGAUCAACGUAUGUUGCCUUUUACCCUGGCGCUGUCAAACAUCUGAUGUGUGCAUCGAUGACAAACUCCACUCUACUAUCUCUUGACGUAGUUACAUGUUUGUAACUUCAACUGCGUGUCCAACGGGCGUCUUCACUUCAACACAUUGCAAAGAAUUGUCUUUUUUUCUCGCGCUGACGUCCAGUCAUGCCAACCAGUGGAAUGGUUAGCCCUGUAGCAAUUUCCUACCGGAAUUAAAAGCAGCCAAAGUUUGUCCCUCGUAGGAUUCUGGCCUUCAGUCUGCUGCAGCGGGGACGAGGAAAUCUCACACUCACGGGCAAUGUCAUAUCGCCCGACCGCCAGACUCGCUGGUUAGGAGCGCCCUUGCUCGCUGUCGUCUUCGCUGUGCCGAGGUUGUAUCGUCGCUGAGUCAUCGUGUUCGUGUCCACGGACUUGCGUCAGAAGUAUGGCGCCGCUGCCGCCAGUACCACGUCGCGCCUCGCAGCGGCCACCCGUCCUAUCCCGCGCUCUGGAUGUUGGAAGUCGCCACUUCAAAUCGUCCCAUCAAGAUCAAGAACUAUUGUCGCUCCCGAACUACUCGAUCCCAGGCAACCUCAAAAUCAGGAAUCCACCCAUGAAGAGACUGCACCUUUUGACUAUUCUUGCUAUUGUCCUGUUUGGAGUGGACAUUUUAAUUAGGCUUCGGGUGAUGGAAAGGACGAUACCUACUUUCACAAACCACCGAAGGGCACUUCCAAAACAUUUCUUUACGAACAAAAGGAACACCCGCUCCGGGUCGAGUGUCUUACCGCUGGCGGCAAAUGAUACGGUCACAAAGUUUGAUAGAAUGCCCGAUCUGAAGACCAAGGAGCCGUGCAGUUAUAAUAUCCAAGUCUACGACCGAAAGGGCAUUUUGCUGAAGGAGCGAUACGAAACCUUCAGUAGCAUAGCGCCAACGUUAAAAGGUCGUGAAAAAAUCCCAGCUGUCGUUCAGUGCGGCAGGAACUGUACCAUUACAAUAACUAUUGCUGACGAGAAAAAUAAAUUUGCAGGAAUGGACGCUGUGCUCUUUCAUUUCUGUAUGAGACUAGUUCCACUUAAGGCUCUUCCUGUUGACAUGAACCCCAAUCAGACUUGGGUCUUUUGCUCUUGGGAAACGCCGUAUAUAAGUACUACACCAGAGGUUCAAAGGUUGUACAAAAUACCCAAGUUAAAAGGCUUUACGGCCAAUGCUUUGUGGACAUACCACCGGGAAACAGAGAUCACCACGCAGUUCGGAUUCUACACGCCGCGGAUACCAACGGUGAAUGAGACAAGGACGGCGGAUGAAUGGCUCGAAGGAAAGACGAAGCUGGUGCUCUGGGUGGGAUCCAAUUGCAAAAUCACCUCCUGGCCUCGAUUAACCUUUGUUAAGAAACUACAGAGCUACGUCCCGGUUGACGUGUACGGACGCUGCGGUAACCUCACCUGCAAACCCCGAACCUCCAAAUGCAACAAGGACCUGGUGCGCAAUUACAAAUUCUAUUUGGCUCUGGAGAACUCUGAAUGCGAUGAGUAUGUCUCGGAGAAAACAUGGGACAAAACACUGUUGGUAGGCGUGGUCCCUAUUGUUUAUGGUGCCCCACGGAAAGACUACGAAGAGUUUCUCCCUCCCAAUUCCUUCAUCUACGUCGGGGAUUAUAACACUGUCAAAGAAUUGGCAGAUUAUUUGAAACUGUUGGACUCUCGUCCAGACUUAUAUGCCAAGUAUUUCGAAUGGCAAUAUAAAGGUCAUGUCAGAAGCACUAGAGUUUUUUAUAACACUUUCCCACCAACUCGGUUUUGCCAUGUAAUACCAAUCAUUGAGAAAGUGCGCAGAGGUGAGUUGCCACGAAAGCCAGUCUUAUCAAGCAAUUUUUAUCAAACAUGUCGAAAAAAGCCAGAUUUUGUCUUAGAUCAAUGGAAUCCAUGGUGAAAAAAGAGUAGAUAUCAGAAUAAAGAGGAGAAUGACAAGGGGUGUCGAAUAGACACGAGUAAUGUUACAUGAUGUUAGCACUGGAAAUAAUUUAACAAACAUUUAAGCUAAAGUCAACUUUCACUGUGGCAAGUUUACCGGUUUAAUUUAACUGCAGACCUAAAUGCCUAUAUACAUGUACAACGAAAGCGCCCAGUGAUAUCAACGUCUGGGUUCCAUGAUUGUCAUAUCGCCUGACUAAACAUGAAAUCAUGGGAGGAAGUCGUUGAAUAGUAUACGCAAAUCUGUGGAUCAAUCUCAGAAGGAGUGACUUACCGAUAGAGGAAAUUGAACACUGUCACGUGAGCUCCGAGCGAUACUCCAACUUAUACUAAAAAAAACAGAGUAUGAUUAAUCUUAUUCUGUUCUGUAUUUUGCUUAAAAUACACCUUUUUUCCUGUGAUGUCGCAAUCGUUCUGGACGUUGAGUUGUGAUGGUAAUAAGUGCAUAUUGGUUUGAUGGUAAUCUACUUAUUCAAGAUGAAUCAGUCAAGCAUGCAGCGUUUGCACGCACACUUGUGUGUGGUUUAACUUAUUCAUUUAAUAGCAGUUUCUAGUUUUAUUCAAUAUGAGUUGACUCUUCGGGAGCAUUAAAAUGUUGUAACUUUUUAUGGGAAUAAUAUUCCAGAACUCUUCCAUAGAAGGGACCCUUGGUUCCCCGCAUAUUUCAUGAUGUUGUGGAUUUAUCUCAUCCGUCGUAGUUGUAGUAAUCUAGAGUGUUUUGGAGGCUUUUGGCGUAUCGGAAUUAGUUAAUAGAGUAUAGGUGCAUAUAAUUCCACUGUAGAGCUUUAUGCAAACGGUCUCACAACCGCUCCAUUACAUUAUCACCACAAAUUGACCAAUCUUCACCAAUUCAUAGCAGUGUCAAUUAACGUUUAAUUUAAUACAAAAAGGGUUUGAGCAUUAUUUUUUUUCAUUUCAUGAAAAGUUUAAUAUGGUAUAUUUAAGUAGACUUAACGCUGAUAAAAAAGAAUGUCAGAUUUUCUUGAUGUUAUCUCCGUAAGUUAGGGUGCUUCCUUCAAUAAUACCACUAACCUUUACGUUGACACUGAU